CGAUCCCUCGGUCUCUCCCAUACCUUCACCACGGCUUCCACGGUGGCUCCUCUCCUGUUCCGGGCGUCGCCCAUCGAUCCUGCCCUUCGCUCGCCGCCGUCGACCGAACCGUCCUCGCGUGAUCUCGCCAGCUACAACAACAGUUCGCUGCAAAUCGACGGGCACGCAACGCCCAACACUCUGCCUCCUGCUCCGGGCCUCAACAGUUCAACUCCGUCGUCUGAAAGCACCCCUUCCUCGACCACACUGCCUCGCCCGUCCGCACUCGACUCGAGACCAGACCACAACAGUUACGGCGUGCCGCCGUCGUUGCCAGGCCUGUCCGCACUGGCAUCAGUCGCAUCGGCUCCGACGUCUCAGAUAAGAUCGUCCAGCAACAACAGCAGUAAUGUCGCGCUGAGCAUGUCGUACGCCACGUCUUCACCAGCAGCGACCACCGGCGGCCAGGGGAACACACCACCCUGCCCUGCUUCCCUCUCUCUUCUCUCUCUCCAGUCUCCAUCCCUCCCUGGAUCUCCCUUCUUUUUCUUGCCAGAAAUGGCGUCGACCUUGACUGACCAGAAACGCCCUCAAUUGCAGCCCGUCUGCCAGAACUGUGGCACCUCGACCACCCCUUUAUGGCGCAGGGAUGAACUCGGCUCCGUCCUCUGCAAUGCCUGCGGCCUUUUUCUCAAGCUGCACGGGCGUCCGCGCCCGAUCAGCCUCAAGACCGAUGUUAUCAAGAGCCGGAAUCGGGUUAAAACUGCUGGCCAGGGCCCGAAGCGCAAGUCCGGCGCAGGAUUAGACGUGAAUGGCUUGUCUGCGUCGAGGUCAGAGGCAGGAACACCGCCGCUUGGGUCGCAUGGCUACCGUCGCGCCUCUCGCAAGAUGUCCCCGGGCCAUUCCGAUCGCUCGAACUCGCCGGUUUCUCGAACAAACACGCCUGGCGUUGCAUCGCUACACCAGCACAACUCGAACAUUGCGCCGCAGCACAUGUUCGACAGUGUUACCCUCGGGGAUCAUGGCUUUAAUCCUGCCAAUACUCUACCGGCACUACAGCUCCGUCAACCAUCUCCAGGCUCUACGUCAUCUCUCGUAGACCGUCAUCUCGAGGCUCCUCAGACCUUUGAAGGCUUAUUGGCGUCGAACACAUCUUUGAAAACGCGUGUCAGCGAGCUUGAGGUGAUCAAUGAGCUCUUCCGGGGUCGCGUCGCCGAGUUGGAGCAGAGCGAUGCUACCGCACGUCGCUCCGCAAUGAUCGUACGCGAUUCCGAGGCGCGACUUCGCCGGUCGUUGGACGAUGCCCAACGUCGUGAAGAUGAUCUCAAACGUCGUAUCAGCGAACUUGAACUGCAGCUCAAUGAACGCUCUGGAAAUGGCUUCGGCGAGCCUGCUUCAAAAAAGAUCCGCCUGUCAGACGUGGUUGAUUACGAAGCAGGGAGCUCUUCCAAGUCUCCCAGCGCUGCCUAA